CAACAACAUAACGCACCUUUAGUAUGAAAUGAAGCAGCAAGACAAACGCAUCGAACACGAAGACGACGACGAGAAUAUUUCGAAUAAAGUUACGUGUGUAGAAUGAAUAGCAAUAACUUGCAACAAUGGUGGGAAAAUACAUACCGACGUCAACAGCAGCAGCAGCAGCAACAACAACAACAGCAUCAGCAACAACAACAACAUGCCAUUGACCUGGACUCCUUGGACCUUCACUACGCACUGCUCGAGCAGAAUAACAAUUUUGGGCUCGCUGGCGGCAUUGGCAACCCUACUACGCACGAUUUCGAAUAUGAUAACUACGGCAACUAUGGCAAUCUGACACUGAUAAAUCCCUAUGAUGCUGGAAAUGGUGGCACAGAUACGGAGCAUGCGAUACCAUCGUUCACGCUGCUCCUUAUGGCCAUCAGCUACGGUCUUGUGGUCUUCGGCGGCGUCCUUGGCAAUGCGACCCUAGUGCUGACCCUUUGCUCUGCCUCGUCGGUGCGUCUGCGCAAUCCUCUCCUGCUCGCCGUUUGCAUUGCCGAUCUUCUGGUCACGGGCAUUUCAGCGCCGGUCACUCUACUGAAUUUGGCCAUGAAUCGAGGCACUAGAUCGCUGCCGUUGCUGGUCUGCAAGGUCAUACACUAUGUGCAGGUAAUGCCAGUGGCUGCAAGCACCAUUUCCUUCUUCAUGCUGUCCUUGGAUCGGUAUGCGACAGUGAAGCAUCCGCGAUUGGCGCAACUUCGCCAGCGUCGCUACCUGCAUGUGUCCCUGGCCAUGCUGUCGUGGCUGGCAUCGGCGGCCAUCAGUUCACCCUUUCUCUUCGCCUACAAGAUCAUUGCCAAGUCCGUGAUUAUCAAGGACAGCCAUGGAGGGAAUUUCAGUGGCAGCGUGGCGGGCGGUGGCAACAGCGGUAUCGCCACGCCCAGUCCGGUUAGCAUUAGCUGCACAUCGGAUCUGGGCGCCAAUGCCACGUUCAUGUCCUUCAUCAUAUUCCAUACGAUUGCGGUGUUUGUGCUGCCCGGCGUUGGAGUCCUGCUUAAUCAUUAUGGGGUACGCCGAAAGCUGUGCGCCUUGUCGCUGACGGCACGAGCGGCACACGGUGAGCUGCCGCUGCCAAUGCCCAUACUACGACGUCAGACGCACAUGGUCAUUGUGACGGGUUGUGCCAAUGCGCAGCAGGCUGCCUGCGGAGGCAACACCACAGCCGACGAGACAUCCAAUGGCGUCGGCGGAGGAGGGGGAGCAAUGGCCGUUAGCCCGGGAGACAUACAAUUGCACAACUUGCAGCCUCGUUUGCCCGGAUCCGGCUCUGCUGGUGCACUUGAGCCGGGCUCGUAUCGCUCCAGCAACCCCAUAUCGCCCAGAGCCAUGCGGGAGAUUCGGGCCCAUUCGCAACGCCAACGCAUUCAUCGAUCGGGCCGUGGACCUGCUACCCCCGGCAUACCCUUACCGCAGACCUCAACAUUGCGCUCCCGUCGUCAUUUGGCCAAUAUGCUAAUUGCUUCUGCCUUAAUUUUCAUCGUCUGCUGGGCACCACAUGUCUUUUGCAUAUUCUAUAAGAAUCUCGGUUAUAAGCAAUACUGCAGUAAAACUUCCAUUUAUUUUAAUCUGUUGUUGGGCUACUUCUAUUCGGCCAUCAGUCCGGUCAUCUAUUGGGCGCUCAACCACAAUACGCUUCGACAAUCGCCCUGUGCGCCCAUCAUUCGUUUGCGUUCUAUGCAAAAUUUUCUGCGCUCGCGCUUUCGAUCCCACACCAUACCCCCGCCGCCCUCAUCCACAAACGAAGCGGCCCUUGGCGCAUUCAAUCCCAAGUUGAUAAAGCUGACACCGAAACAGUAUAGAGCUCAGGCUUCUUCGCAUUAUCUCUACUAGUGUGAUACUAAACUAAACUUGAUAUAAAUAUAUAUACAUACUAUAUAUUUUUUACUUAAAAUACUUCCACACACACUCACACAAACAUUAGGAAACCACUUUCAGACUCACACAUAAAUACAAAUAAAUACCUUAACUACUUAUCUAGAUGUUUUUCAAAAGCUCUACGCAAUUAGUUGGCAAUAUACAUAAUUACCAAACAUACAGACAUACCUACAUACAAGUAUAUACAUAGUCAUAGCUAACUGUUAGUAACGCUUAUUUACACCACAUAGUUACACGCCUAAAGCUAUGCCAAACAAAAUGUAACUAGCCUACGGUUAAUACAUAGUUCAACGACUUUUACAAACAAACAAUCGUACAUACUUACAUACUAUACAUCUCGUACAUACCUUCAUACAUAGGUACAGCAAUAACAAAUACAUACAAACAAACAUUGAAUAGAAACCGAAGCAAAACUUCUACUAAUAGUGACUUGUUCGAAAUGUUGUUUAGUCUUUAAGCUGAAACUGAA